ACGCUGUGUUUGGACAUGUGAAGUUUGGAUAUGCGAAGUUUGGGUCAUCCACUAUUCCGUUCCGCCAUUAUAUCGAUCAUACCGUGGGGGAAAAUGAACAAAUAACAACGAUAUUACUGGUUCAGCAACAAGAUCCACUCUUUUGUAAAGGACAUAGUGAUUCGCAUUACACAGAGAGUACAAAAAGGUUGCCCAGUACAAAAUUCCUACUUCGAACAGCAAACAUGCACACAAUUCAGACUACCGACACGUUAGCGCUCGACAACCAGGAAUACCUCGAUCUCGACUUUUUUGAAUACAAUAACGAGAGCAUUCUCAUCCUGUGCUCUUUCAUGAUACAGCACAACAGUCAACCAUCCAACAAGCCAUCCUGGGCUUUGCAGGAAGAAGCGCUUGCCCUCCAGGCCCGAGGAUUCCGGGCAUACGACAUGGGACGUCGUGUGACAUUCCGGAAUGGGCCUGUCAAAGCCAUCGACGAUGUGGAUCUCUACCUCUUCAACAGCAAAAUCCACGUUGCUACCGAGCGGGGACUACUACUAGUAGCAGAUUACCUCAAACUCCUCGGCAUCCCCGAUACGCAACCGGUGCGCUUCGACGGGGAGACGCCUGCAUGGGCUCAAAAUUUCGUACCGCCGAGCCCCAACUUGAAGCGCGAUCUCAUCUCAGGGCCUGAAGAAGCUGAACUGCCACCAUCGAAGAAGUUGGCUAUCAACCAGGCGACUACAAGGGCGCUGGUGGUCUCGAUAACGACCGAUUCGACCACCAGCCUGGAGAAUAUGACCUCGCUUUCGGCCGCUGCAAGCACGCAUGGCUGUACAACUACAGGGUUGCUGACACCCCCACUCGAGAGACUCACGGACUGGCCACUUGAAGAUGAAGUCGACUGGAGUGACAGCGAGUUAGACUAG